GAGGAGAAAGAGAAGAAAGGAAAGAAGAGAAGGAGAAGAAAGGAAGUAACGAGGAGAAGGAGAAGAAAGGAAAGCAGAAUGAAUGUAGAUUUGGGGAGAAAAAACUUCAAUGCAUUGGGACAGAUACCAUUGCAACAGUGAUACGCUUAAACAUGACCAGUUUUAAGUGGCAAAACAUCUUUUCAGAAGAAGAACAGUGGGACGGAUAACAUUGCUAUAAUUAUCAAGACAGUUGGUCGGAUAAUAUAGCGUCAGUGCUAAGGUUAACAUAGCUCCUGUUAACAGUUAGAAGUGGGACAGAUAAUACAUAUUUUCAGAGACCAUGUAAAGUUGGACGAUUCACCAAUAACUUAAAUUUUAACUGAAUAGUACAGUGGGACGGUUAGCAUAGUACCACUCAAUAGUGUCAAGUGUGACAAAUACUAUAACUACAGUUGUUAUUGUAAAGCGGGACGGUUAGCAUAGCACCACCCGACAGUGUAAAGUGGGAUAGUAUAGCACCACACAACAUAUUAAAGUGGGACGGAUAGCAUAGCACCACUCAGCAGUAAAGGGGGACGGAUAGCAUAGCACCUCUAAGCAGUAUAGCGGAACGGAUUUGACUCCAGCUCUAGUAAUAAAAUGGAAGAGAAGAACUAAACUGAAGAACGAGAAUGGAACCAGAGAAGACCAUUUACAACGAUGAUGAACACUGAGGACUUAAUUGGGGAGUUAUAUGCUUAUCUGAACAGUCCCCAGACCCCCUCUACUCCUACAUCUACACUAAACCCUACUUCAGGGACCCCCAACAACCCUUCAAGGACCUCUAACAACCCUUCAGGGAUCCCUAACCAACCCCCAGAACCCUCCAACCAUCCCUUAGGGAGCCCUAGAAACUCGUCAGAACCCCCUCAGCAGUUUUCGGAACCUAAAACUCCAAAUACUCCUAGUUCUGUCAACCCCCCUGGUUUAAACCCUGCUAAACAAUAUCAAGAUCUAUCAAACAACUUACCACCUGGACUAAAUAAUGGAAACUAUUCCUCCUCACCAAAACGAAAUCCUUCAAAUAGUCCACCAUUCGUCCUUCGGCCCUCGUCCAGUCAGUCCCUGUACAGUACUGAAGGACGAUCACCUGUUAGUCCCCGGCAUUCCUCUUUUGCUCCCAGAACAGCUCUUGUUAAUGAUUUGAGGCCACGUGGUUCCCUUGAUAUUCCUGGACUUAGACUAGGAUUUAAUGAAGGCCUAAAUUCCAACCCGGAGUACUCUAAACUUGUGAACUCCAGUUCGAACCCGCUAAACUAUAUCUCGAGGAGUCCGCAACAACCUUAUUAUACAACAUCAGCCAGUCCAAAAACCAGUCUCUCAACAUCAAGUUCCAUUUACUCCAGUUCUAGUAUGCUCCAGGGAGUGAUAGAAGGCGAGGCGGAUGGUGGGGCGGUAGGGGGGCCGGAGGGUGGAAAUGGAGGCGGAGCAAAACGGAAACUCGAAUCUGGGUUUUCUGAUGUCGGAGCAAGCAAAAUACUGAAGUGUAAAGAGGAAGUAGAAGAACCAAUCGAACAUACAGUUGUGAUCUCUGUUUGCUUGUUUAAAUGUCCAAUCACAACUCUUGAUCCCCUGGACUGA